CUUUUCUGCCCCACCGAGACGCGCCGCGGUGUGAUCUCCUUACUCAAGGAUGAGCCAAGUCUUCCAGGAAGAAGCGCCCCAGGCGCCACCCCUGUCCUUUUCCGAGCCCACCUCCCGGAGAACUACGUUUCCCAGGAUGCAAUGGGCGGCGCGGGGAGGGGGAGCCCGUGUCGGGGAGCUGGCCAGCAGCCACCCUGAGCGCAGCGAGGUUGGCGAAGCGGCUGGCUGUCUCUACCUGCGCGGAUGGCGAAGGCGAAGGGCGAAGGGCUGGCGGUGGGCGCCCUCCUCGGCCUCCUCUUCUGCGCCUCGGCCUCCUCCCUGGCGCUGCGGCGGAGCGAGAACCAGAGACCCAUCGUCGGAAUAUUAUCACAGGAAACUGACUUUAAAAGCUUCCAGAAGUUUGGGAAAACUUAUAUUGCCGCUUCAUAUGUGAAAUUUUUGGAAUCCGCUGGAGCACGAGUAGUACCAAUAAGAUUAAAUCUCUCAGAUGAAGCGUAUGAUACAAUUUUCAAUUCCAUUAAUGGGAUACUUUAUCCUGGAGGUGGUGUUGACCUUAAGACUUCAGAAUUUUCCAGGGUUGCAAAAAUAUUCUACCAUAAAGCCUUGGAGGCCAAUGACAGAGGAGACUAUUUUCCAGUAUGGGGGACAUGCUUGGGGCAUGAAUUGCUCAGCUAUCUCACCAGUGGUGAAGACCUGCUAACUUGGACCAAUACAGAUGGCUUUGCAUUGCCACUGAACUUUACUCAAGGUGCCCAUGACAGCAGAAUGUUUCAAGGUUUUCCUGAUGAUCUAUUGCAAGCAAUAGCUUCUGAGCCCGUGACUUCACACUUUCAUUUUUGGAGCCUUUCUGUGCAGAAUUUCACAAAUAAUGAGAAGUUGCGUGAUUUUUACAAGAUUUUGACAACCAAUGAUCACAAUGUUGAGUUCAUAUCCACCAUGGAAGCUUACAAAUACCCAGUGUAUGGUGUCCAGUGGCAUCCAGAGAAAAACCCAUAUGAAUGGAAGAAUUCACCAGGCAUACCACAUUCCCAGUCAGCUAUAAAAGUCGCCUAUUUCACAGCUGAAUUCUUUGUCAAUGAAGCCCGGAAGAGCAACCAUCAUUUCCCCAGCAUAGAGGAUGAAAACAAAGCACUCAUCUAUAACUUCAACCCUGUUUUCACUGGGACAUUUUCUUCCUUUGAGCAAGCUUAUUUUUUUGAUUAAAUUUCAAGCCAGAAAUUCUGCAAAAAAAAAAACAACAACAAAUUUUAGGAACACUCAUUGUGAAGGUAUGGCCCUGCCCAUGUUUCUGGGGUAAUACUUCCCAUCAUACCUCACCACUGGUAAUGCUUGCCAGAAUGGGUGGCUAUUCUACAACAUAUGGAAGACCACACAUUAUCCAUGCUUGAGGUGAUUGAUGGAUAUCCUGCAAGGGCACAUUUUUUCUCUCUUUCCUAUCCAAGUCAGAAAGAUUACAGGUUGCGUUGAUCUGAUGCCCCAUCAAGCAUGGCGUUACCAGGUGAUAAUUCCUGUAAUCAAUAAUAUUUUUGCUUCUAUUUUAUGGCUGUCCAUAGAUGGCAGACAAACUUUCUAAAGUCUGCCUGUGUGGAUGUAAACACUUUUCUUAUUCAGUGGAUGAGAUAUCUUAAUGUGAAUAAAUGGAAUUUUAAUCUGAUUUGAGAUAA